AUGAGGAGAAGACUUGUACGUGAGGGAAUGGAAAUGAGAGGAAAUGAUAGAAAGUGGAAGAACUGUAACACACGUUUUAUGCUAAUCGGUCUGGAAGGGAUCCCGGUGUAUACAGCAUUCUAUUUGAAUAACAACGAAUGGAUCUGGGGAGAUGUUCUCUGCGAUUUGUGGCUUUCCAUCGACUACAUCGUCUGCCUCGCUUCCAUUUAUACUGUACUUGGUAUUACUGUUGAUAGGUAUUAUUCGGUGAAGAAACCAGCGACAUACCGAAAUUGGAGGACUCCUGGUCGAGUCGUGCUCAUUAUUAUUUUUAUUUGGCUUGUCCCAAGCAUAUUGUUUUCGGUAUCCAUCUUCGGAUAUGGCACAUUUACGGGUACGGGACGAAUACUGAAAGAAACCGAAUGUUAUGUACAAUUCAUGACGAAUCCAUAUCUGAAUAUGGGAAUGUACAUCUCGUACUAUUGGACAACACUCUUCGUUAUGCUCUAUCUCUAUUGGGGAAUAUAUCGAGCAGCGAAGAAGUUGGCACUCAAAAGUGAUCAGAAAACAAAACGACUAGCUCUUCUCACCGAAAUGCGAAGACCGGAAGUGAGUGUUCGAACGAGUGAUGCAGGGAAUAGUAGCUCCGAUUCACCGAAUGAUACCUCGAAUAGUAGCAAAUGUUUCCGAACUGCUCCACCGACGACGACACUGCCAACAACACAGACUACUGUAGGCACGCCACCGCCCGUUUUUCGGAAUCAUAUGACACUUCAUAAUAAUAAUAUUGAUUAUACGAAAGAUAACGAGAUUCCAAGACCACCUACACCGCCAGAUGAGAACACUUAUAGCAAUCCGAACUUCUCAAUAAUCUCUGAACAACUAACAAAUGGAGGAUUCUCUCGACAAGAACCGUCAUCAGUGAUCGAAAGAGAGAGUACAGCUCCGUGUGUUUCACCAGAACCAUCUCAAGGAUCACAAGAGAAUGAGAACGAUUUGAAUGAAAAUCAUCAUGCGCAUUUUAAACCUGAACUCUCAUUGCCCUUUAUCGAUGCGGACAGUGUGUCAUCAAUGGUCGGACAUGAUGAUUUAAGAAGAGCAAUGAGUAUUCGAAUAUCGAGAAGUGCAUCAGGGACUGGAAGACAUAUUGGAACACCUCCUGUUGUUGAAUUAAUUGAAAAUGUGGAUGAAGUUUUAGGAGAACAAAUUGUAGUGGAAGAACAUGUGGAAGAAAAGAAGAAAUUGGGAGGAGGAGGAGGCAUCGAAAAUGGAGGAAUGAAUCAUGUCACGAUUGCAGAUGAUGAACAACAGCCAUCAACAUCGAAGGAAUCAGAACAAAAAGAAGAAAUGACACCCGACAAUCAUGAUGAAGUCAAGGUGCCGCUUAUCGCGGUUUCCCGAGUGGAAAGUGUGAAAAGUACAGCUGGGGGAAAAGUGCGUCGACUGAUAACCCAAAUGCGAAGUCACAGUAUUCGAAGUAAACGAAAAAGAAAUAACAAAAAAGUGAGCUCAUCUGAAUCUCAUCUUCUCCUUCAAUCUCAUCUCUCACCUUCAUCAAAUCGUGAACAACGUGUCAAUCGGACACGUCAUCCAGUCACAAUCACACUUCAAUUUCAGAGUGUUUUAUCGGCUCUUAACUUUUUUCAACGUAAAAAGGAAUACAAAUCUCGAUCGGAAAACCGUGCACGAAAAGCUCUGCGUACAAUCACAUUCAUUUUGGGAUCAUUUAUUAUUCUGUGGACUCCGUUCUACGUUCUCGCAACGAUAUAUGGAUUCUGUGAGACAUGCAAAGCAUCUCCAUCUUUCAACACGCUGUAUACCAUCUCUUAUUAUCUUUGCUACAUGAAUUCUCCGUUGAAUCCAUUCUGCUAUGCCAUGGCGAAUCAACAAUUCAAGAAGACUCUCACACGGAUAUUCAAAGGAGAUUUUAGAAGAGUUUGA